AUGAACUUAAAAAUAAGAUAAAUUAAUGGAAAUUACCUCUUCCUUGGAUCACACCUUAUUAAGCAAUUAAGAGCAAUCCUAUUGAACCUUUAUUAUAAGAUAUCAUAAAUGGACUAUAUGGAACUUUUGAUUGUGCAUCAAAAGGAGUAACGUAUAGAUAUUAUCUUUUCAGGAAAUCUAAAUGGUAAUUAAAUAUGGAGUUCCUGAUUCGAAGCUUGUUUAUAGUAAUCCAGUUAAAGAGGAAAAAGACAUAUACUUUGCAAAAAAUAAAGGAGUUUUAAUAAUAAGUGCUGAUAGUAUUGAGGAACUAAUCAAGAUCCAAAAGAUAGCACCAUAGAUAAAGAUAUUAUGGAGAAUAUCUAUUGUUGAAGAGAACCCAGAAUAAAAAGCUACUCUUUUUUCUGGUAAAUUUGGAGAUGACAUGCUAUAUAUAGAUCCUGCUCAUAAAAGAUUUAAGUAAAUUCAAAAAAAUGAAAAUUUAAUUACAUGGUAUUCAUUUUCAUUGUGGUUGUGCUGUAUAAGGAUCAUCCUCUUUUGGAAAAGUAUUUUAUUUUAAUAUAUUUAGGGUAUUGAUUUGGCUUAAUAUUUUAUGAGAAUUGGAAGAUUGUAUGGACAUAAGAUGGAAUUAUUAGAUUUAGGAGGUGGAUUUCCUACUGGAAGUAUUCAUGGAUAUGCAAUUAAGGCAUUAAAAAAACACAAAAUUAUCCUUUAGGAUAUGAAGUAAUUGCUGAAACAGGAAGAUAUUUUCGUGCUAAUUCAUGUUCACUUUUGUGUUUAGAAUUUUGACUAAAAGAAUUAAGCAUGGUAGAUUAUGUUAUCAUGUUAAUGA